UACAAUAAAAAGAAUCCCUAGAGAAUUUAAUAUCUAUUUCAACAUCCUGAUAGUGAUUUGCAUUUUACUCCUAAGUCUACAUUGCUACGAGGUGUUAAAGUUUUGUUUAAUUUUCAACCUCACUAUAAAUUAAGUUCGUGUGGGAUAGGUACGGUCGUCGUGAACCCGGGAAACCCAUGGACACGUCCGACGACCGUUGGUGGUUUAACGAAGAGCCGCACGCCAAUGCACUCCCGGCCCGCCUUUCCAAGUCCGCCCUGGGCCUCUCCGAAACUCAACGGGUGGAACUUGAGCGUUUAAUUAUGGAUAUGGUUGCUUGGGAGCCCGACGCCCGCAUAUCCGCUGCGGAAGUCGUCCGCCGUCCAGGCAGACUCGCUGGCGGUGUCAGCGGAUGCUGCCCCCGAAAACCGGAUGAGUCCCGGCCCUAUCCCACAACCAACGAUGGAUUCUCGCGAGGCCACUCAGUCGCCUGGUCUAGAAUAAACGUCGGCUUCUCGCACAUUCAAUCACUCAGCUGUGUAACCAAGCUAGAGAGAGGAGUGGGUGGUGGGCGGGUAAAAAGAAAACGGAAACAGGGGCGUCUUGGGGUCCCAGAUAUUCUUUUUCGCAUGUAUUUAUGACCAGGCUCAAGGCGAACCGACGCGUUAAUCAGCUGCUGUCCGGCUGGGGAGUCAGUAGGUGAUCCAAACCACGCGCAGUUUGUGG